UUUAAUCAAUAUCAAUUAAUAGGUGUACAAGUAAAUUAGAUAGAUCAUGUCUGAAAUUGCUUCCGGAAAUUUGUUUUGUGAUGACUGUGACGAAUUACUUACAGUGAAACCUAUAAAAGUUUAUUCCGAUGGAAAGACUAAAUGUGGAAGAUGUGAUAAACAAUGUGAUAACUUUACAGACUCAACAGACGAUUUGAAAAGUGACACAAAAUUACGCACCAAAAUUAUCAGUGGAACUCCCAUCCUUUCGUUUGAAGGUCAAAUAUUUAGUUUAAAAUGUGCGGUAUGUACAGAAAUAUUUUUUGGCUCCGAGAAUGAAUACAGAGAAUGUGUUUGGAAUGCGCGUGCUGAGAAAGCAUACCACCUCAUUUGUAAUGGUUGCAAACUCUUUCAACAUGCUCACCAGCCUAAUUGCGGAAGCUUAGAUUAUAUCAUACUUAAAGGUUAUAAGUACGUCUGUAUGUGGGGUUGCAAAAAAGUAUUUACAAGUAAGGAAUUAUUAUUACACCAAUGUGAAAAUGAACGACCUCGUGAAUGUCCGUGUCCCGGUUGUUCGUUUAAAGGAACAUUAAGGAAAAUAAAACAACAUUUUUUUUAUUGUCAUAGAGACUUAAUAUUUUUCAGUUCAUAUAUUGAAAUACCACAAUGUACCUGUGAUGUGUACUGCUAUAUUCCAAGCGAAGAUCAAUUUGUUCGACUUGAAUUUUCAGGAGAAAUUAACCAAAAAUGGGCUAAACUUAAAUAUACGGCAGAUGUAGAGGUUGGAUUUGUAACAGACAAAAGUAUUUUAUUAGAUAUACGAGUAGAUAAGACUUUUAAAUUGAAAGCAGAAUUAUUUCCGUUAAAAUUAAAAAUUAUUUCCAAAACACUACUCGAUUAGUGUAAUCUAUUGAAUAUUUAUUUUAAAUUUAUUAUUUAUUUCAUAAUAAAAUAUGUAGUCC